GCCGGCUCCUUUCCACCCCGCCUCUCCGCCUCCUCUCGUAGGACUCCUCUUCCUCUGCCAAGAUGGCGGCCGGUGCGGGUGGCGGAAGUGGUGCCGGCGGGGCAGGGGCGCCUUCGGUGGCUUCGCUGUGGAGCGAAGUGAAUCGCUGCGGGCAGAGCGGGGACUUCGGGCGCGCGCUGAAGUCUGUCAAUAAGAUAUUACAGAUCAACAAGGACGAUGUUACUGCUCUACACUGCAAAGUGGUGUGUCUUAUACAAAAUGGAAGUUUUAAGGAAGCCCUCAGUGUGAUUCACACCCACACCAAAGUAUUAGCCAGUGAUUCAAUAGCGUUUGAGAAGGCUUACUGUGAGUACAGACUGAACAGAAUUGAAAAUGCUAUGAAAACCAUUGAAGGAGUCAGCCAGCAAACAAACAAACUGAAAGAGCUCUAUGGACAAGUGCUGUACAGAUUAGAGCGUUAUGAUGACUGCCUAGCUGUAUACCGGGAUCUUAUCCGCAACUCCCAGGAUGACUAUGAAGAAGAAAGGAAAACAAAUCUUUCUGCAGUUGUUGCUGCACAGAGCACCUGGGAAAAAGUGGUGCCAGAAGAUCUAGGACUUCAGGAAGGCACUUAUGAGCUGAGCUACAAUGCUGCGUGUGCUUUCAUAGGGCAAGGCAAACUGAAUGAAGCAAUGAAAAGCCUUCAGAAAGCAGAAGAGUUGUGUCGUCAGUCUCUCUCGGAAGACUCGGAUGUGACUGAAGAAGACAUUGAGGCAGAACUGGCUAUUAUUCAUGGUCAGAUGGCUUAUAUUUUCCAGCUUCAGGGUCACACAGAGGAAGCUCUGCAGUUGUACAAUCAGAUAAUCAAACUGAAGCCAACAGACGUGGGCUUGCUUGCUGUCAUUGCCAAUAACAUCAUUACUAUUAAUAAGGACCAAAAUGUCUUUGAUUCAAAGAAAAAGGUGAAGCUGACUAACGCAGAAGGUGUUGAGCAUAAACUCUCCAAGAAACAGCUCCAAGCAAUAGAAUUUAAUAAAGCUUUGCUGGCCAUGUUCACCAACCAGGCUGAUCAGUGCCGCAAGCUGUCAUCAAGUUUGCAGUCACAGAGCCCCGAACACCUCCUCCCUGUGUUAAUUCAGGCAGCUCAGUUGUGUCGAGAGAAACAGCAUACCAAAGCAAUAGAGCUCUUACAGGAGUUUGCCGAUCAGCACCCUGAGAAGGCAGCAGAAAUUAAGCUGACCAUGGCACAACUGAAAGUUGCUCAAGGCAGUGUCACCAAAGCAUGCAUGAUCUUGAGGAGUAUAGAAGAACUAAGACAUAAACCGGGCAUGGUGUCGGCAUUAGUAACAAUGUACAGCCAUGAAGAAGAUAUUGAUAGUGCCAUAGAAGUCUUGGCACAAGCUAUUGAAUGGUAUCAAGAAUUUCAGCCAAAGUCUCCAGUUCACUUGUCACUUAUCAGGGAAGCCGCAAAUUUCAAGCUCAAGCACGGCCGAAAGAAGGAAGCCAUCAGUGAUCUGGAGGAGCUGUGGAAGCAAAAUCCAGAUGAUGUCCACACCUUGGCCCAGCUCAUUUCUGCCUACUCCCUGGUUGAUGCUGAGAAAGCUAAAGUUCUUAGCAAACACCUCCCUUCCUCAGAUGCAAUGUCUUUGAAAGUAGAUGUGGAUGCUCUUGAAAACUCUCAUGGAGCUACCUACGUUCGGAAGAAAGGAGGGAAGCCUACGCCUGAGAACCAGCAAAAAGAACAAGGCCAGGGGGAUGUCAAGAAAAAGAAGAAGAAAAAGAAAGGAAAACUGCCAAAGAACUAUGAUCCUAAAGUGACCCCUGACCCUGAGCGCUGGCUUCCAAUGAGGGAACGCUCGUACUACCGUGGGAGAAAGAAGGGCAAAAAGAAGGACCAGAUCGGGAAAGGCACCCAGGGAGCAAUGACCACAGCAUCCUCUGAAUUGGAUGCCAGCAAAACUGCAAGCAGCCCACCGACCUCUCCCAGGCCUGGCACUGUAACUGCCGUCCCGUCUGCUUCAACAGCCAACAUGAUACCACCAAGGCAUCAGAAACCUGUUGGUGCAGCAGCAACCAAGAAGAAACAGCAGCAGAAGAAAAAGAAAGGUGGGAAGGGAGCCUGGUGAUCACAACAAGCAGGCUGUUCUGAUUGCAGUUGUCUUUUCUUUCGCUUCCAGUUUUGAAUGCCAAGAGCUUAAUAAAAGUCAAAACAAAAACAA